AUGACCUGGCCAAUUAAAUCGCCUUGCCACAGAAGCUCUUCUACUCUGCGAACCAAGGAUGAAUAUCCUAGGUGGGACCGCCCGGGCCCCGGGCCAAAGAGACUUGAGAAAUUUCGAACUCAGCUUGUAAAUACGAGUCGCUACGGCCACCUCGCCGGUUCGUCGUCCUCCCGGCUUCGUCCAUCCCGCUCUGGCUUGCUCACGAUGAGUCUUCCAACACCACCUGGGACGUCUCAUCGCGCCGAGAAGGAAAACAAGCGUCCAGGAUUUCCUCGUGUAGCAUGGGCGGAGGAGCCAGAGUACCACACACUAGUCGACAUCUCACAAUGCCUGAAGGUGUUUACAUCAUCGACGGCGACACCAACAAGAUCGAUCUUGAAAAAGUCCAACUAUGCCGAGCUCCCAUCCCUCGAGCCAGACGUAAGAGAGACGACACCAGAGCCCUCAGACCCUCUCGUGAAUCUCCACUACCUUGACAAUCCAGUCUCGCGUCUUCUCGCUUCAGAUGCUGCCAUGCGGGACAUUAUCGAGUCCUAUAACAUUCUUAUGGCGCGUCUGCGCCUCUGUGUUGUGGAUGACAGCAACACUGAUGCGUCCUGGCCUCUCUUCCAACCUCUACGCAAGAACAGAGACGCGCUCGUGCAAGCAAUGUGCCGGGAUCUUGGACGCGCUCUGGAGGAGCCGACGGCGGCUGAGGACGAGGAGGAGAGCCGAGUCUUACCGUCACCUGAGAAGAGCCCGAAAAAGCGCGGUAUGACUGCAGAACAGGCGAAGCGCGCUAGAGAUCUGUGCACGACGGCGCAUUCAGCCAUGAAGUUUCUUUCGAUGGUUUUCACGCUGCCUUACCUCUUCAAUAUCUUUGAAGAAUCCCAUCUCGCCGACCUCUUGACCGGCGUUUUGGCUAUCCCGUUGACGCCGAAGCUCCCGACCCCAAACGCAAGGAAGACAUGCGCACUUGCGAUAUCCUUACUUCAAAUGCAGCGAUUACCGGAAGUGAUUCUUUUGCCUGCUAGGGACCGGAUUGCCUAUGCGCUCCGACGUGGCAUUGAGGGUGAGCUAGGCAAGGAAGGCAAGAAGGGCUCUUGUAACGACGGCCUUCGAGCGAUUCAUGAUCUAUCCAUUCACUAUCCCGCAACCUUCGUUCCAGCAUUCGCUGAGAUUCUCCCAGCGGUCUUCUCCCAACUACUGGCCCCCACGGUUGCCCUUAGAUUACAGGCCUGCCAUGCGCUCGGUGGUUUCUCCUUUGGACUCGCAUCACUUCCGGUCGAGUCUACUCAUUCUCGUGUCGCAUCUAUGGUGGCGCUAUGGCUUACGAAAGCGCCACUGGGAACACCGUCCAAGAAGCCGUCGAGCCCGUCAAAGGAUCCCCUGAUCAUCAGGACGCUUCGUACCACGCUCGGCGCUACGGACCCGAAGCACGCCGCGCAGGGUCCGGUGUGGGGCCUUAGCGUACUCUCAAGCCUCAUUGUCAUGCUGGGCUCGCAGGUCCAUGUAGACGAGCGCAUGACGAAGAUUCUUACGCCUCUCCUCAGCUUCGCUAUGCGCCACCAGAAGAGUUCAGUUCGCGCUCUCGUCUGUCUUAUCUGGCGCGUCAUGACCUGGGCGUACUUCCAGCCCGUAUGCCCCAAGCUCUCCGAAGUUGACGAGGACCUCGACGAGCCACAAGAGCAGUAUGUUCUCGACUACACUGAUGCGGAGCGUAAGCACCAUAUGGUGCGACUCGAGGAGAGUUGGACGGUAGUUAGCACUGUGGUCGAUAUGGGUGCGGGGGUCUCGACGUUGUGCGCACUGCUAGGAACGCCCGCGACCACCGUGAGUCAUACAGAGUGGGCGAUCAAGAAAAGCCUCGCAAUUAUCGAAGACAUGAUUGCCAAGGGAGGUCAGACCUGCAAGGAAGCCGUCGACGCUCUCGCUACUCUCGUUUGUCCGACUCACGGACAACAAUCAACGUCUGUCUUUGAUGUCCCCGAGGCGCUGGAUGACGACACGGAGUGGAAUCCGAUGAAGCUUCUUCCCCUGGGCCUAUUCUCUGCCAACCCUGGUCUGCUGACCACAGAGUACAGCGCACUUUCAACCGCCGUACGCCCACUCUUCGGAGACUGUCCUCAUGUAGAGGAUUUGCGCGCUCUCACCAAGGAUGAGCUCACUAUCGACUGGGUUUUCGAUACAAUCAUCAACAUUUGGAAAGACGGGUGGGGUUCCAUGUCUUGUUCAUGGAACGAGCCGUUGCCGAUUGAGAUGCUCGAUAUCUGGUCAGGACUAUGGGCCGCAGCCGUCUCUAUUGUUAAAGAUGAUGUGGACUCCGAGCAGCUGUUGUCAUCCCUCGCACAUCGCGCCGUCAACCUGAUCAUCAUAAUCCUGCGCAGCGACAAAUUCGACCUAAGUGGACAUACUAGCGACGAUAUAGAUUUCCCGCACACCGCAGGACCGGGGCGCGGCUUGCCGAAGCGGAGGUGGAAGCCCGCCCUCAAGCUGCGUCUCGCACGCGAGCUGUGGCGCAGACUUCGUGAUGUCUUCGGUCACUGCGAUGCGUUGACUACGCAGGCCGAACGACUGCUGGUUGUGCUCGAGCGAAAAGAGACUGAGCUUGUUGUGAAGCCGGAGUUGCCCGAUGAGGUCCGCGGCGAGUGGGCCCUGAUGUGCGCAGAGGUUGUGGGUUGCUGUGAGGACAAGGAAAUGUCUGCGUUCUGGGGCAUGAGCCACAAGCCGAAAUGGCGGGCGAGCAGCUGGACGGAGAGUGUACGGCGUGUUGUCUGGACGCAGUGGGUGCAGAAAUGGGGGGAAGAGGAGGCGAGUUGGGAAAGCUCAGUGUUACUCCUUGCUGCGCCUUUCCUGGACGUCAAUGCCUGGGACAUGUCAAACGAGAACCUUGACACGUGGGAUCGAUUCCUCAAGCAGACUAUCGACAGAGCCCUUGAUAAUGGCCAUGACUCCGUUGGCGUUGUCGACGCUAUAGCACGUAUGGUUGCCCCGCAAGGCUCUCUCAGCCUCUUAUCUUCCACCCGCAUCUCCGACCUGCUUCUGUCUCAUCUCGACAUCUCCGAAGCCCCCAUCGUCCCAGCUUCUCUUUGUGAGCUUGUCAACGACACGCUCGAUACUUCGUACCCGCCAAUGGAACAGAAUAAGCUCCCGAGCAUCUGGUUGUUGCGCACCCUUACUCGCACUCUGGACGCUUGCCCCGUUGAGCUCGUCGAGCACUUGCUCGAGUGUGUGCAGGACGGCCUAUGCCGCUGGAUUUCGGACGAGUCGCAGGCGCUGUCCGACGAAGAGUACAGCUCGGACGUCGUCCCUGUCUAUCAAACGGCGGCUGUGGUACUUAUGAGCGUGCCAGCGAAGGCGGACGUCGUCGAGAGGUUUGCCGGGCUGCUGCAUUCGGCUUUCGUUGGCAGGGACAAGCCUGAGACGAUGGUGCAGGCUUUCGUGGACCUGUGGGAGACAACUUACAAGUCUGUCCCAUCGCCGGAAGAUGGCUGGUCGGAGAAGAUUUUGGCUUGCCUUCACACUUCCGGACUUGCCGUGCCGGACGAACCUGCUGACGUCGAGUCCAGCGACGCUGAAGAGGUUGAAGACCAUCUCUUGGGACUUCCACCAUCCUCGGAUGAUGUUCCAUUGUCACCCGAGGUGCCAUCCCCAAAGACUCUUGCAGCUCCCUUCGUCCUGUUCUCACCUGUCCGCAAAUUUCGUGGACUUCCGUAUCCAACGACUCCUACAACUGCGAAGAGCCGCCUCGUUACGCCUUCCCGGCCGCAUAAAUCUUCUUCUCCAGUCCAACCCAUGGGUCCUCUCCUCAUUUUCGAGUCUCCAUCGCGGUCACCGACUCGCUCCCCCAUCAGUCCGAAGAAACGCACUCCAGGCCCAGGCAUACGCGGCUCGGAUAAGGAGAACGCCUCGCCCUUGCAUCUCAUCGCAUCUGUAGCAGAGCGCAUCACGCAACGCUCGCCUUUGCCGACUGGUGGUCCUGUCCUCGGUAAACGGUCGUUCGAUCUCGACGACGACGAAGAGUACUUGGCUGAGGGCAGCAAACGCGCUAAGAGGGACGUCCCCAUGGCAGCGCUCAACCAGCCAGCGAAGUUCGACGCACGCGCGCCUGUGCUCCCGCCCUAUCUCGCCACUUCGAAGAUUAGUCCAAGUCGCCCAUCACCAUCGAAGAAGGUCCUCGAUUUCAAAACCCCGUCUAAUCCCAAGAAGCGCAAGGGUAUGGUUCUCGAUGCUGUCGAAGUCCCAACUAUGCGAGAGGUCAUGCGGACGACAGUUAGCUUCGACGUACCCGCGACGUCGGAGAGGCCGACUAAACAGAAGGAUCUCCGCCGCACACAGUCUGCAGUGAAGCUCAGCGAGCAGGCUAUUCGUUCGCCGUCCCCGGCGAAGAAGCGCAAGACCGCACCGCUCCCCGAGAAGUCCCGCCGGCGGAACAAUGACGAUAGUCACGACGGGUGGACCCCAUCGUCGUCACUCAACUCAACUUUGAGUAGGCUGCGGGACAUGGAGGCGAUCGGUAGCGACGAUUCUAUCAUGCUAGAGCAGUCAGUUGGCAGUGACUCAGACAUACCUUCGUCCGACGACGAUCCGAACCGCUUCCUAGGCGUGGUCACCCCUCACCGCCUUAUGUCGCCAGCCAUCCGUCGGCUCAAGGACUUCGACGACUUUACUGAAGAGCCCGGUAGCGAUGAUUCGAACGUACCGCGUCGCGCGGAUGUCGGUAGAGAAGAUGAAGCCAUGCAUGACGUCGUCGCCUCGAAGUAUGACUCGCAGUCCGUUGGUCCCACUGGGCUCGUUCAGAGCAUAAAAACUUGCAUUUGUGUUUAGUUAUAACAAGUUUCGUUCUGCUUUCUUGUGUAUAUUGCUGCGGUUCAUCUUGCUUUGUACCCUUCUACCGAACUAGUUGCCAAGAAUCUUCCUGACAUUGUGCAUGCUGUCUUCGCAAAUUUACUCGCACUGUAAUAAAUACCCGCUCCCUGUGAAUCGAAGUUGGAACGUUGAUGUGUUAAGGUUGCGGCUUGAAG